UGCUGACCACCAUUACUCUCGCCCGAAUGUGAUCCAACAUGCAGUAUCGUGUUCAUGCAUCUUAACGUGGUUUAAUACUCAUAAACAUAAAAGGAGGCUAGAGAAAUGCAACAGUGGGGCUUAAAACCAUUUCUGCGUAAACUCCAGAAGAACUGAAUCCGCAGAGGGCGCAAACGGGGCCUGUGCGGCGUGAUGUGGGCUAAUGUUACUCGCCCGCCCCGCUCCGUCACAAACGGAAGCAGCAGCGCUGAGCUGCGGGUGGAGGAGCACACGUUGCACGUUUUGUUGAGGCGAGCGCAUUUUCAGGGAUAACGAGGCUGUGGGGCUGAAAUAUCCUUCGAAACAACUACCUCAAACCUGGAAAGAAGAAAAGAGGCAGAAGGAACGCCGCCUGUGAACGGCAUGCCUUGCCAGAACUAGCUUGUUUUAUUUAAACGGAAGCUCAACAAAAACUGCAGGUUCCCACUUCGGCAUGAUGGCUGAUGACGAGCUGAUGUUCAGCAUGGAGGAGGUUGGCAGCCUCAAAAGGAGUUCUGGGGUUAGAACUGUGCACUUUGGAAAUUCCAGCUCAGUUGAUGAUGAUGAGGAUGACUUCUACAUCUGCCCCAUCACUGAUGACCCCGCCAGUCCUGCCAAGGAAGUCUGCAAUUACCUAAAGAACAUCGCCAACAGCAGACCGCUCUCUAAUUCACUGCCCAGGAACUCCUUCACCUACAAGAACAAAAAUGAAACAGAGCCAGAGGUGCAAUCGGUCAGGUUUGGUUCUUUAACUGAGAAAGGUCGGGCCACUUGGAAACAUGCUAUUGAAAAAGCAAGAGCAAUGCCAGACCCCUGGGCUGAGUUCCAUUUGGAAGAUGUUGAGACUGAGCCCUGCAUUAGAUACAGGUACAAUGCCAUUACUGGUGGAUGGGCCCAGGACCAAGUGUUUAUUAAGAUGUCCUCUCAGCCCUUUGGAAAGGGAGCCAUGAGAGAAUGCUACCGAGCAAAGAAGUUGUCAAACUUCUCUCACAGCAGCAACUGGAAAUCUGCGUCAAAUUAUGUGGCUAAGCAGUACAUGGAGACUGUGGGCAGAGAUGUGUAUUUUGAGGAUGUCCGGUUACAGAUGGAAGCUAAAUUAUGGGGUGAGGAGUACAAUCGCCACAGGCCUCCCAAACAGGUGGACAUUAUGCAGAUGUGUGUUGUGGAAAUGACCUCUCGUCCAGGGAAGCCUGUUUACCACCUGGAGCACUAUAUUGAGGGUCAAUAUAUCAAAUACAACUCCAACUCUGGCUUCGUAAGGGAUGAUAAUAUACGUCUCACACCACAGGCAUUCAGCCACUUCACCUUUGAGCGCUCUGGACACCAGCUGAUAGUUGUGGACAUUCAGGGAGUUGGUGACCUCUACACAGACCCUCAGAUACAUACAGAGAAGGGCACCGACUUCGGGGAUGGCAACUUGGGUGUACGCGGCAUGGCCCUUUUCUUCCACUCUCACCUGUGUAACAAGAUCUGCAAGAGUAUGGGCCUCACACCUUUCGACAUGUCCCCUGCAGAAAGCACUCAGCUGGAUUGCACCAACAAGCUGCUACUGUCAGCUAAGACCAUGCUUCGUGGCUGUGAGGAACAGUGCGGUUCUCCACGGGUGCGGACUACCUCCCUCAGCCGUAUGCCACCUAUCCUAUCCCAACUUUCAGAGACCUCUUCAGCUGAUGAGAACAUUAGUGAUGUAGAUUCUAUUCCCUGCUCUCCUUUGAGUCUGGGCCUCUCUGCAGACCGUUCACCAAAAGUUUGGUCAUUCUUGAAUGACAUGAGCGAAACAGACAUGGAUCAGAAGUCUUCAGAGAAUGGAGGAGACAGUGGUUACCCAAGUGAAAGACGCAGUGAGGGAGACCUAGGCGAACACAAUGACCGGUUUCGGCCUGUCUACAGCAGACAUUACUCUGAAUCGGAUGAAGACAGUGUUCGUCGGAAAGCGGUGGUUAAUGCCAGCAAGCUGUCCGUUACUGUUAACAGCCCUGACUGUCACACGCUGACUGAGGAAAAAUGGAGUUUCUUCCACUCUUCUCGUGCUCAUAUUCACAGACCCUCCUGCGUGGCGGUAGAGGUGGAGAGACUGAACUCCCUGUUUCUUGAAAGGAAAAUUGGCCAGUCUGUUUUGGGCAAAGUGCAUCUAGCAAUGGUCCGGUACCAUGAGGCAGGCCGAUUCUGUGAGAAAGAUGCACCAUGGGAUCAGGAUUCUGCUAUGUAUCAUUUGGAAAGGGCUGCCAUGUGUGGAGAAUUAGAGGCUAUUGUAGCCCUUGGCCAAUGUUACUUGCAGCUGCCACAUCACGUUCUCCCAGAGAUCAAACUAGAGGACAGUAUGGAGAACAGGAAGAAGGGCUUCAAUCUGUUACUUCAGGCUGCUGAGGCUGGAGACAGGCCCAGUAUGACGUUAGUGGCCAGAGCAUUUGACACAGGCAACAGCCUCCCACCUGACAGUACUCAAGACUGGAAGGAAGCAGUGCGCUGGUACGACUGCGUUCUAAAUAUGACCGACUAUGAUGAGGGAGGAGAAUUUGAUGGUAUGCAUGAUGAGCCACGUUAUCUUCUGCUGGCACGCGAGGCUGAGAUGUAUCAACAGGGAGGAUUCAACCUGGAUGCGGAUCCUCAGAGAGCGGGUGAUCUGUUCACUGAAGCAGCUGAUGCUGCCAUGGAGGCAAUGAAAGGCAGACUGGCUAAUCAAUACUACAUGAAGGCUGAGGAGGCUUGGUCUGCAAUGGAAGAGUAGAGGAAAUGGUUUGAUCUUCCAAGACUCUUAACAUUUUCUAUUUAGCUCUUUGGGAUAUGUUUACAUGGUCUUUUACACAUCUUUCAAUAUGCUGUGAUGUCCUUUUUAUAUGUAGCUGCCGUAAAGCAGCUGCACACAAGUGCUUCUGUCAGUACUUGGAGUUUGUGCAUUUUUGGCAAGUUAUAAAUUCACACCACUGCAAGGAAAAACAAGGAACAAAAAAUCCACACAAAAACACUUUAGUAAGUAACAUAGCAAUGGCAGUAACAUCGUUCACUGUGUUUAAAACCCCCCUUUUCUCAUAUGUUUUUUAUUAUGGUGAUAUAAAAUCCUGCGACCAUGAGAAUUGGUCUAGAAAGUGUGUGUGUGUGUGUGUGAUAAUAAUUAGCAAACCAUGUAGUCAGCUUUACACCAGGUUUAUAGCGCAGAUAUAAAUUAAAGCAUAAAACUGUCUCUCACAGAGAGCUGUAGUACACAAUGACUUGUUUUUGAGGUUGGUCAGUAGAGUGUGUGUGUAUAUAUUUAUCAAGCACCAGCAUGAAGCAUACAAAUAACUUGAGCACCAACAGCUCAAAUGUUACAUUAUUCUAAAAUAAUGUAAGAAUUUUUAUAUAUAUAUAUAUAUAUAUAUAUAUAUAUAAAACCCCCACAAACAGGAUCUUAUGAAUGCAUAUAUAAAUAUACUAUAUCCAAGAUGCUGUUUUAUUUAACUAGAUCAGGACCACAUUUCUUGACGGAUACCUAACCCACAUCUACAGUAAUGGAUAAAUAAUUUACUUAAGUAUUCACAGUUAAACAUGCGUAGUAAAAAAUGUUUUACUGGAAUAUUUUUAAAAGCUUCAAUUGUCCAAUUAACCAGCUGCCGUAAGCCAGGGUUAAGGUGGUGCAACAGCAGAAGUAAGGAAAUCUUGGUCAUCACUUUAAGGUAUUGUUUAUUUUGCACUCUGAGGUAGUAGUUGGUGGUAUCCAUUAUACAAUUUGAAAUUGUUUCUAUUUUAAGUUGUGGCAUAAUUGUUAUACCAGUAUAUAUGUGUUAUACCACAAAUAACUGCACAUAACAUGAUGUGCAAAACUUUCGGUCAUCUUUCCAAUGAAAAUGCAGCAGUCCUGCAAUCACCUGCCAUUCAUUUCAUCUGAAUGAAUCCGCUUUGUUUUUAGAGACAGCAUGCGUAAAUGAAUGACCAGUGUUUUGGGGUUAGCCUUCGCUGAGCUUUGCCAAACUGCAGCCUUGUAGAAUGUUAAAAUAUUUCAGAUUUUGUUUAAAAAUGGUUAAACAUGAAGUGACAUCAGAUAAUAGUAAAUAACUGUUAACCUAUAGAAAUAGGUUUACUUAAACAUUUUAAAUUAUUUUAUUUGAAAUUAGUUUUAAUAUCAUGAUAUACAUAUUUUAAAUAUACAUUUUUUUAACAUUCGACAAGGCUGCAGUUUGGCAAAGCUCAGCUAAGGCUAACCCCAAAAGACUGGUCAUUCAUUUACGCAUGUAAAAGUAGAGGAGGCAGUAGAUAGGGGAAGAUGGAGGCAGAUGAUCCACUGUGACGACUCCUAAAGGGAGCAGCUGAAAGAAGAAGAAGAAGACCAUGAUAUACAUAUUUGACCAUACUGCCCACUACUACUGUGGAGAAAACAAGCCAGUAUCAAGGCUGUACAAUAAUAGAAGUGUUAAGAAGCAUUAGUCAUCACUUUCUAGCAUUCUGAUUUUGAACUUGAGGCUGUGCUUUGUGAAAUACCAUGCUGAUGUCAAAACAUGAUCAAUUUCAAAGCCCACUCCAACACACUAAAAACAAGGGGCAAGGCAACAGAUAAAGAGUGAAUGAUGUAAUUGGCAGUGCUAUCUUUGAUGACCUGAGUACAGUCUUUCCUGGUCUCAACAGUGGCUUGCCUGUUUUUGUUUCAAUGGGGUGUGCCUUCUGAAUUUGGCUUAUGAAAGCAAAUGGCUGUAUAACAAAAAAUACAUAAAAGUGAGAUAAUAAAAGUUUAAAGGACUGCAGUGGUAUGCUCCACUCCACUGACCUGAUGUGUAUAAUUCCAAACAUAUUUCAAAAGGUAAUUUGGUUCUUAUGAUAUAAACAAAGUUAUUUAGAGUGCUCUGAAACAUGCCAUUAUAGGAAAAUGUGCCAAGUUGGAGUCAGAUUGUCCAUAUCAGCGCUUUCAAGAGGUUAAUGCCUCUAAAAGCUCCUUCACAGAAAGUUCAUACAUGAAAUGUUGAAGAAUUUGCCGCAUAAUGCCUAAAACAGUUUUAUGUUAGGUUUGAGAACACUGACAUAAAACUUAUUUUUUAAACUUAUAGGCAGAGUCCUCAAAGAAAAUGGAUUUCAGUCUGUUUUAACAACAUGACAUUUAAAACCUCUGAAGACACAUGUAGGACCACUGGUCAUUUUGGACAAUAAAUACUGUAUUUGUAUGGUAGCCAUGACAAUUCCAGAUUCCUCUCACCGCUGUAAAGCAAUCAGUGUCUGUACAUUUCUCUACAAUGCACUGUUCAACAUCAGGCCACUCUGAACCACAUUGUUUACAUGGUGGAGAUAUUUUGGGGGGAAAAAUGGAAUUUCCCUUAAUAGAACACAAGAAUUGAAUGCACUUUUACAAAUAACAUCAUGGUAGUGGUUGUGUUUGGUGAACUGGUAAAAAUGUGUGCUUUUGGUUUUCUAAAACAGUUUUACAUUGUAAAGAUAAAAUGUAAAGCUAAUAUGAUGCAGACAUUGUUUUAUGUUGUUAACACUGGCAGUUUCUUUCACCAGUGAAAGUGGUUCCAGCAGUGUAAAAUGGCAUUAAAUCUAAACUUCUGUCAUUGUGUGUGUAUUCGGCAAUUGACAGCAAGUUUUUUUUUUUUUUUUUUUUUUUUUUUUUUUUUUUUUUUUUUAAUUUAUUUUUUUUUUACCAAGACUCCUGUUCAUGGAUAAAACGCCUUAAAACCAUCAGGCUAUCGGUCAAUAUGGUACUGUAGCUCUGAGCAGUUUUUAAAAGCCAUUUCCUUGCCAACAAAUUGUACUAACUUUAUAGAGCUGUCUGGCAUUUUGUGGCUCAGUAGCACCUUUUUCUCACAAAUGAACAGAAAAUGAUGUAAGAACGGAACAGAAAAAGUAACCCCUUUUUUGCAUUAUCCACAUAACUUAUAGCAAAAGAGGUAGUUGACAUGGUUUUAACAUGCUUCCCUUUUCAAUAAUUAAAAUCGCUGCAUACAUUGCAUUUUUGCUUGAUAAACCUGUGUCAGUUAAGUGGUCUCUGGUCAUUGAACAUGACUGACUGACUGCUGUGUGUUUUUGUGUUUUUUUUUGUCACCCUUUGUACAACUUAAAGCAUUUGAAGCAAAAAAUGACAUGAACAUGUUUGAGUAAACAUGGUGCUGUAUAUAUUUUCUUUUAUGAACUGUAUACAAUAAAAUUGAUUUAAUUUUAA